AUGGCGCAUAACGAAGUCUUCCAAUACUCCAUCAUCUCCGCCCUGAUGGACGGCGUCGCCACACAUGGCACCCCCAUCUCGCGCGUUCUGGACCACGGCAACCACGGCCUCGGUACCUUCAAGUCCAUGAACGGCGAGAUGAUCGUCCUCGACGGCGUCUGCUACCAGAUGAAAUCCGACGGCACCGUCGAGCACAUCCACACGCCCUCGGAGAUGAUCACGCCCUUUGCGACCGUGACCCGUUUCCAGCCCGAAGUGUCGACGCGGGCCACCAUCUCGAGCAAGCAGGACCUGAAAAAGCUGCUGUCCAGGCUAUUUCCGCAGGGCAAGAAUCACUUUCUGGCUAUUCGCAUGGACGGCACGUUUAAGAGGAUCGAGGUCAGGACAGCGGGUGGUCAAUGUUUUCCUAGGGAGGGAAUGGUGGCGGUGGCCGAGAGGCAGACGACGAACGAGUUCAAGUGGGUCAAGGGCACGAUUAUCGGGUUCAGGUGUCCGGCGUACGUGAUGGGAUUGAACGUGGCGGGCGAUCAUUUGCACUUUAUUGAUGAGGAGAGGCAGAAGGGCGGACACAUUUUGGCGUUUGAGACCGAGGGCGAUGUGGAGGUUGGGGUUUCGCUCAUGUCCAAGUUCCAUUUGGAGGUGCCAACGGAGGAUGAGGAGUUCAAUGAGGCGUCACUCGUGCAUGACAAAGAUGGUAUCGAGAAGGUGGAGGGUUAG